AUGCUUUGGUGCUGGAGUAGAUGGUCCUGCUUCCCUGUGCUGUUUGGAGUUGUGUUGGUGCUUCUUGCUGCAGGGAAUGCUGCACAGAACAGAGGGCAGCCUGGCUCAUCCUCGUGCUUUGGGGGUUUUGAUCUCUACUUUGUUUUGGACAAAUCUGGGAGUGUACGGAACCACUGGACUGAAAUCUAUCACUUUGUAGAGCAUCUUGCACACAAAUUCAUAAGUCCACAGUUGCGGAUGUCCUUCAUUGUGUUCUCCACGGAGGGGAGGAUUCUUAUGAGGCUGACCGAGGACAGGGAGCGAAUCCGUAAAGGUCUGGAGGAGCUCCAGAGGGUACUUCCGGGGGGAGAUACCUUCAUGCACGAGGGCAUCCAGAGGGCCAGUGAGCAGAUAUAUUACGGAAACACUGAAGGUUACCGCACGGCCAGCGUUAUCAUAGCUCUUACGGAUGGAGAGCUGCACGAGGAUCUUUUCUAUUACGCGGAGAGAGAGGCCAACCGCUCACGGAGUCUGGGCGCUUCGGUUUACUGCGUGGGGGUCAAGGACUUCAACGAGACACAGCUGGCAAAGAUUGCCGACAGCAAGGACCACGUCUUUCCUGUGAACGACGGAUUCGAGGCCUUACAAGGGGUCAUUGAUUCGAUCCUGAAGAAAUCCUGUAUUGAGAUCCUGGCAGCAGAACCCUCCAGUAUCUGUGCAGGAGAGUCUUUCCAGGUCGUAGUGAGAGGAAAUGGCUUCCACCACGCCCGGAACGUUGAUAAGGUGCUAUGCAGCUUCCGGAUCAAUGACACCCUUACGAAGAUGGUGAAGCCUUUGGUGGUGGAAGAUACAUAUCUUCUCUGCCCUGCACCAAUACUUCAAGAUGAAGGAAUGGCAGCCAACCUGUACGUCAGUAUGAACGAAGGUCUCAGUUUCAUCUCCAGCUCAGUCACCAUUACCACUGUGGGCUGUUCUGAUGGGACCAUCCUGGCAAUAUCGCUGCUGAUCCUCAUGCUGCUCCUGGUAUUAGCCCUUCUGUGGUGGUUCUGGCCCCUCUGUUGCACUGUGAUCAUCCACGAGCCCCCACCCCCGGAUGCGGAGGAGAGUUCGGAUGACGAGGACUUUGAGACCCCAAAGAAGAAGUGGCCCACCGUGGACGCCUCUUACUAUGGAGGGAGAGGAGUUGGAGGGAUUAAAAGAAUGGAGGUUCGCUGGGGUGAGAAAGGUUCGACUGAGGAGGGAGCAAAGCUGGAGAAGGCCAAAAAUGCGAAGGUGAAGCUACCUGAUCAGGAGUUCGUGUCGUCUCCCAUGCGGGUUCUCAACAACGGCAUGCGCAAACCCUCAGGCCCACGCAAGUGGUACUCACCCAUCAAGGGCAAACUGGACGCGCUGUGGGUUCUUCUAAGAAAAGGCUACGACCGUGUAUCUGUAAUGAGACCACAUCCCGGGGACAAGGGCAGAUGCAUGAACUUCACUUGGGCCAAGCCAAAUUCUUCUCCUCGCUACCCACACUACAACCAUCACCCGUCUCCCAUCUAUAAACCUCAUCUGAGCUUCAGUCCUCCUCCUCCCCAGGGCACCCUGCCACCAUCCCCCAACGGGGCUCCAUCCUCCCCCGCUCUGUCGUUCUCCUCCACCCUACCAGCGUUGCCUCCUACUCCCCCUCCCAACUCCACCACUCUGCCUCCUCCUGCCACACCUCCGCCUUACACGCCUCCUCCAAACCGAGCUCUUCCUCCUACCACUCUGCACAUACCUGCAAUGUUGCCACCUACCCCUCCGCCCUCUGCCUCCCCUACCGGCUCCUUGCCCCCUCUCCCACAGGGACCUUCCCCUUGUCGAGCUCCUCCCCCUUCCCGCCCACCACCACGCCCUUCCCUGUAGACCCCCAGCCAUCAAUGGGAGUGAGUUAUACAGGGUUGAAAAGGCAGAGUCCUGGCUGUCAGGAGACGAUCAUCAUUGAUUUUGGCCUGCAAGCGUGGACAUUUGAGUGGUCGAUAGACUUAAGUCUCUCUGCCUUGUGUCGAGGAGUAGUGAAAAGAGGACUUGUUUCCAGCUAUUUGUCUACAGGAACUUUUGUACACAUCUAGCCCGAUGGUGCAAUUGUUCAGAUGCUUGAAGUACACAGACUUUCCCUGACGGAUAGUUCACAUACACGAGGCCUGGCAUGCUCAAAAACAUUUGCCGAGCUAUGGCGAUCAGAGCUGCCUCGGGCCCCCUUUUCCCCUCCACAACCACAGGAGAAUGCAUAAAAUCCUGUCCAAGCAAAGGAGUGUUUUGUACUGAUGGCCCAGUUUAUAUAUGAACAUAGGCUGUCUAAAAUAAUUAUUCUGCCAAAAAUGUUUGCCUAUGUACUAUUGUCACUUUCCUUGAGCAGAAAAAGAAAGGUAUUGUGUUCAGUAAAAGUAGGACGAUGUAGUGGUAUCUGAAAAUCCCUUUUCAGUGCAUUUCUGGAGGUUGAGCAUAUCUAUGUCACAAUGUUAAAGUCAGUAUUUUUUGAUUAUUUUAUGACAUCUCUGCAUCGUUUUAAACAUUAUAAACUCAUUGUUUAACUUGUUUUAUCAAUCAAGCAAUUGUCAAUUUUUGUUUGAGCUUUAACGUUGAGAAUGGAGAAAGAACCAUUGCAAAAAAGGAACAGUUGGUGGAUUAAAAACAGUUUGGCAUGGCUGAAAUGACAAUCUGUGCUUUUUCAUAUGCUUGUAUUCACAGAUACUGUGUUCUGAGCGGUAUUGUAUUGAAAUUUGUUUUGUUGGUGCCACAUCCCCCCAUUUUUUUGUGCAUGUCCAUGUUAAGUGUCCCUUAUCUUUAUUAGAUACUUAGUUGACAUAUUAGGCUAACAAAACUGAGAAAUGACGACAGAUCUCACUGCUAUAAAUGUUUGUGUGUUGCCUUGUCAAGACGUAGCCUGAAAGAUUUCAUAAUCAAGGGAAAAAUAAAUCUGAACACAAACGCUCAUCCCUCCCAACCUUCAGCAGAGGCAGGUUUUUGCUAUGUAAAUACUUUUGGUAGAACUGAGUGUGUGCUUAUAUGGGCUUUUGUGUGUGUGUGUGUGUGUGUGUGUGUGUGUGUGUGUGUGUGUGUGUGUGUGUGUGUGUGAGUGAGAGAGAUUACUACCAGGCAGAGCUUUUGUCCCUCAAACAAUGUGUAAUAUACUCCAGACUGUAUGGUUAUCCAUGGAAAAGGAAUUAGAAGCCCACUCAUGGAACGUUGGCUUUCAACCCUGCCAGUUUCAUUAGGGACAAAGGUUAGAAAGAUGUCUGGUUUUGUGGACGAGAUGCCUUCAACGUUUUAGUGCUUUGGGACACGGGAGCACAAUGAUAAAAGCAUUAUUUAUCGUGACACGCAUGUAGUUAAUCUGAGGUUAAUAUGAAGUUAUUCUUUGAUGCCAAUCGAUGCAGAAGAGUGUCUGUGGAGCGCAAUGUAAAUGGCAAGCCUGUGCCCUGAGCAAUUACAGACGCUCCAGACAUCAAAAUAAAGAGUAUGGAAAGUUGACUGUGCAAUAACUUUUCACCCCUACUAUGUAGACAUUGUUCUGAGGCAAAAAGACAUUGGCUCUUAAUAAAGUAAACAAUUA